GUUGUAUUUGUGGCAACUUGAACACGCGUGAACAGAAACGAGACCCUAAAUUCAUGAAUAUCAAUAAACUUUCAGAAUAAUGAAGCUGUAUUGCCUUUCAAGUGAGCCAACAAAGCCAUGCUUGGUCCUGAGUUUCAAGGGCAUCACCCUGAUGCUGGACUGCGGCCUGAACAUGCAGUCAAUCCUGAAUUUUAUGCCGAUGCCAGUGGUUCCAAGUGCAAAAUUCAGUUCCCUACCCAGCUGGUUACCCAGGGAUAACCACCAGGACUGGCAGAUAGAAGGUGAAUUAAAAGACUGCUGUGGGAGAAUUUUCGUUGACUCAACCCCUGAGUUCGCGCCUCCUCUCGAAAAAAUCGUCGAUUUCUCCGAGAUCGAUGCAAUCCUCAUAUCGAAUUACACGUGCAUGCUGGCACUUCCUUUCGUCACCGAGGGGACAGGAUUCAAAGGGAUCGUCUAUGCGACAGAGCCUACCCUGCAGAUCGGCAAAUUCUUCAUGGAAGAGCUGGUGGAGUACAUCGAGCAGACACCAAGAGCCACCCUGGCGAAGCAUUGGAAAGAAAUGCUCCACGUGCUACCGUCACCUCUGGCCGAUGCCCUCAAACCGAAAUCGUGGAGGCAUCUCUACUCCAUGGCUGCUGUCAACUCCGCUCUCUCAAAUAUUCAGCUCGUGGGGUACGACCAAAAACUUGACAUCUACGGGGCACUCACUGUCACCCCCAUCAGCUCUGGCUAUUGCCUGGGGAGCAGCAACUGGCUCAUAUCCUGUGAUCAUGAAAAAGUCGCUUUUGUCAGUGGAUCAUCAACCCUCACAACCCAUCCUAGACCGAUGGAACAGGUCACCCUCAAACAUGCUAAUGUUCUCAUUCUAACUGGACUCACACAGACACCCACAGCCAAUCCUGAUACUAUGCUUGGAGAACUCUGCAUGACUGUUGCAAUGACACUACGAAGCGGAGGAUGCGUCCUCAUCCCCUGCUAUCCAUCAGGGGUUGUCUACGACCUCUUCGAGUGCCUGAGUACACACCUAGACAAAUCGGGCUUCACCCAAAUCCCACUGUUCUUUAUCUCCCCCGUAGCUGAAACAUCCCUUGCUUACUCCAACAUCCUCGCCGAGUGGUUAUCCACGAGUAAACAGAACAAGGUGUAUCUCCCCGAGGAGCCCUUUCCCCACGCAUUUCUCGUGAAGAACGCACGUCUCAAGCACUUCACGUCGACCUGGGCCGAAGGUUUCAGCACGGAUUAUCGUCAGCCAUGCGUUGUCUUCUGCGGUCAUCCAAGCCUUCGUUUUGGGGAUGCUGUACACUUUGUCCAGCUCUGGGGUAAUAAUCCCCAGCACACAAUCAUCUUUACUGAACCUGAUUUUCCUUAUCUAGAGGCUCUCGCGCCUUUUCAACCACUAGCCAUGAAGGCUGUCCACUGUCCCAUCGACACUUCCCUCAACUUCACACAGGCCAACAAACUCAUCAGAGAUCUCAAGCCUGAGAAUCUCGUUGUCCCUGAGAGCUACACACAACCACCUUACUCUGCACCACAUAGGCUGGACCUGGUAAUCGAACCUGUAGGGGAAAGUCCAUUGAUCACCUUCAAACGAGGAGAAGUAAUAAAACUCCCCCUGAAACGAAAAAAAGGUCGAGUCUUUAUCGAGCCUGACUUGGCAGGGAAUAUAAUUCCUAGUGAAAUACGUCCAGGACUCAGUGUAGCGUCAGUCACUGGAGAACUUCACGUCAAAGACAAUGUCUACACGAUAAAGAGUCUAGACGACAGGAUGACAGUGAAACGAAAGGCCUCGGAGUCAUCGGUUCCUGACAAAUACCAAAUGUUGAAGGAGCGGAAGCAUGAGUACGGCAAUAUCGAUCCCCAGGAGAUUCUUCAAAAGCUCAAGCAGGAGGGCAUCACCGGGAGCAAAUUGCAGCACAACUCUAACUCCACAAAUAUCAUCUUGGAUGAUGACACGAUGAUCCAAAUCGGUGAAAAUUCCACGCACAUAUUUUGCAAUGGAAAUCAGAAUUUACGGAGAAGACUCCGAGGAGUCAUAAUGCAGUGUUUAAAACGUUUUUAGCAACUCAAGGGAGCAAUAAAUAGAUAUUUUCAAAUUCAUAAAGCAUUUUAAUAAUUACCCCUCUCGCGUCCUCCCCUAAAUCUCGUACAGUUCAUGAUUAAUCUGAAUUAACACACUAUUCAACAUUCUUUAAGUCUACAUCGAUAUAUUUUACACUGAAUCCGCAUACGAAUAAGCUACUAGUGAAAAUCGCUCCGAAAUAUUCGAGUAGAAAGAUUAGGAGCAUGUACUUGGUACAAUUUGUUCAGAAGUGUUGACUAGGGACUCGAGUGAUUUUAGUUGACGAGUACAAAAGAAUCUCAAAAAAAAAAUCAGUCCAAUUGAAAAUUUAUCGGAGGAGAAAAUUCUGGAGAUGGGGUAGGUUCAUCUGACAGUUUUCACUAUCUUCACGAAUACAUCUAGAUUCAGAUUUUCCAUCAUCGUAUAAAGAAUGAAAAUUACUUUCAUCAAUAUGAACAUUAAUAGUAAAUAAUUGAGGCUUUGCAGUGUAUUUUUAUCACGAAAAAAAAAAUCCGAAAAAAUGAUGAUAAAAAACAUCUUAUUUAUGAAUGGUCUUCAUAAAAAUGUUGAAGCUGUCGAGUGAAGCUGAUCCCCGAAAA